GGCGAAUGGUUUCGGAAAUGUUGCUAUUUGCGGUCGCCACUGGUGUAAUUCAGACGCAUCGCUUUAUUGGUUUGUUUCUUUUUGGGUGUGAAUUUUAAAACGAAAGAGUUCGCAGUGCAAGCGCUGCUUCGAUAAUGUCCGGCUGCACUUCCUACACCUUCGUGAUUUUAUUCCUGUUUAUUCAGCUUGGGACCUCCACGGAUGAAUGGAAAGCAAGGAAGCCAAGCCAGGAAUUGUUUGGUGCCAUUGGUUCUUCCAUUUUGUUGCCUGGUUUCAGCAAUGAAGAAGUUAAGAAAGUCCAACAUGUUCGGUGGGCAUUCCAUGACAUACGGAUUCUAGAUUAUUACAACGCAUCACACAAGAACAGCUUCACCAACUCAUAUAAGAACCGAUGCACCUUCUUGGCUUCCAAUGGAUCAUUGUUGCUGAAAAAUAUAAGAAUUCAAGAUACCGGACUCUACAAAGUUGACCUUGAUUUAAAUGCCAACAGCAGCAGGGUGAUAAAACUGACUGUAAUUGAACAACUGUCAAAACCUUCCAUCAGCACUAACUCCAACUUUGUGGAUACCGACAUUGAACUGGACUGUCAAGUGUCUGCGGGAAAUGCAAGUUCUGUUCUCUGGCUGAAAGACGACAAAGUGAUAACAAACGGCCGAUAUCAGUUCAUGGAAAACAAUCUCAAGUUAUUUAUUACUAACGCCAAAAAAUCAGACUGUGGCAUAUACUGGUGCAUCAUAGAGAACCCUGUUAGUAAAGAAAACAGUUCUUAUUCACUUUUUAUUCAUGGUUUUUCAUCUCUGCAUUACUCUACCCUGGUUCUGUCCAUUGUCACCCUAAUUUCUGGCGUGGCUGUCUUCGUCGGCAUAAUAAUUUCAUGUCUUCAUGAAGACAGCACGACAAUAACUCUUCCAUUUCAACGAAACAUGCUGCUAUUUUUGCAUUUUGCUGCAGUGUUUGCACUUGUCAUUCUCGUUGCCGCAAUUUCAUGCUGGACAAACACUCUAGGACAUUCUGGAACCACAGUGACCAUGAUAGUGCUUUCGUGUCUUCUGCUAACACUGAUCAUAUUAUCGAUGUGUAGUAUGAAGAGCUAUGACAUCGAAUGGUUUAAUAACAUGUUGUCAACCAAACUUUGCCGUGUCACGCUGGAUGUGGUAACUCCAGUGAGUGGAAUCAUUGUGAUUUGUUCAUCGGCAAUUCUGAUUUCAGAAAUAAUGAAACAAGCUGGAAAAGGAUGUGAAGCAUCGGGCAAUCUACAAACAAGUAUAAUCGCUGCUGUGGUAGUGCCAUUGGUUAUUCUCGUUGCAGUCUUUGCAACUUACGCCAGAUUUUAUGCAAAACACAGGCAGAAACAGAGAACGCAGACCUCAACUUCACAUCAACAAGAGGAGCUUGACCAACUUCGUAGCCCUGAAGAAAUACCACUGCAACCAAUAUCGGGAGGAAACGUAACUUCAAGUAAUUCUGUUGAUAGGGAGGAACCAUCUUAAGCAUAGAAGCACUGCUGCCAGGAUAGGAUUAUUGGAAUGGAGUCAUCGCAAAUCCAUCUAUAAGUAUUAUCCCUAUGAAAAAAACGGAAAAGAAACACUGCAGAUCCAUCACAAAAUUACCAAGAAGGCAGUUUUCAUCCCUGCUGUCUGUGUACUCUUAUUGUAAAAGUAUUAAGGCUACGGUCUCUGUUUGUACUGUGUCAUUGCAAUAAGCUCUCAUGUCUGCCUCAGCGAACAGCAUCUCAAAACUCACAAUCUCUACCUCCAAGGACAAGAACUGCAGGUGCAUGGAAACACCACCAUCUUCAAACUUCCCUCCAAAUCAUAAACCUUACUUGGAAAUAUAUGGUCAUUGUAUCUAAAUCCUGAAGCUCCAUACCAAUAGCACUGCAGGAAGGAUUCCAGCUGCUCAGUAAAGCAACUCAUUGCCCCCAUGAAGGAGAAUUAGCAAUAGGCAAUGAAUGUUGGCCUUGUCAUAUCCUUAAUUUAAAAAGCCCCCAAAACACAAACUUUGUCCCCAGCUUUGUCAGCAACCAAUAAGAAUGUAAUAUUAAUUUGAAGCAUGUUAAAGCUUGCAAUAAAAUGUGUUUGUGUACAAUGA